ACAUUGAACACGAAUAAAAAACGAAUGAAAUUUUGUAUAAUUUAACAUCUCAUCAGUCUAAUCAAAUGUUAAUCACCAUUUGCAGAUUCAUGCUACACUCCCACGCUUGAUCCUGCACCUACAUGAUGAUGACCUUGCUGUUAGACACGCCUGUCGUAACACCCUCAAGCGGUUUGCCCCUUUAAUGGAGAUAGAAGGGUUUCUGGCUUUGUUCAACUCACAUAGUAUUAACUCCGACCAUAGAAGUGAUUACGAGGACUUUGUACGAGAUUUUACAAGGCAGUUUGUGCAGCAUCUUUCCUCCAGAGUUGAUACUUUCAUGGUAUCAACUAUACAGGCUUUUGAUGCACCAUGGCCAAUAAUCCAAGCAAAUGCUAUUUAUGUAUCCAGCAGCAUACUCUCACUUUUGGAUGAUCAGAACAUUUUGGCUCUUUAUUAUGCACAGGUGUUUGGAAUGCUGGUUGGCAAGAUGAGUCGGUCAGCAGAUGCGGUUGUUAGAGCUAGAAGCUCUUCAGCUUUCGGCUUAUUACUUAAAUCAACUAAUUCAAUAUCCUGGAGAGCAGCUCGACUUGAUCGAGCUGACUCUGCCAGAAAGGGAUCAUAAUGCGCUUACCAGGAUGAAUGAUCGAGUCAGAUCAUUGUAUCUGUAUGUACUUUGAGCCAUGCCCAUCUUUGAUCCGAAUAAACUAAGCAAGUUCGGUUCUAUACGGUUAGGUCAAUGUUUAAGAGUUCCAAAGAGGUUUUCCGAUUUGCUGAUGUGCGGUGGGGUUUCCUGUGAAAUGUAAUUUAAGUUAGGUUCAGUCAUGGUUUUAAUGUUCCGAGUUCUGUAAAAUUAUAUGUAACCGUACAAUUCUAGAAUUUACAUUUUGAG